UCACUUUGGUGGAAUACGUGCAAGAUCAUUUCUCUUUCUUUUUCACUCAUACUCAUUCUCUGCCUCUCUUCCUGGCUGUUUGAGCGCGAGCGAAGUGACAGAUGGCGAGUCCCUCUUCCCUCGGGAAGGCAAUCUCUCCGAAUGCAGGCGCAUGUCAAUCACCGGCUCUCAUGUGAUGGCUCUUCCCAGUGACGUGCCAACCAUAUGGCCUGGCAUCAUAGCUGUGGCGCCAUGUUGACGAGGCUAUUCAGUGAUCCUUCUCUUCUGCCUGAAGUGCAGAAGUAUUCGGGCUGGAUGGAUGAUAGUGAAAGUGAGGACUCCAAGACCAAGGAGGAUGACCAGGAGCAUUGUCGCCUAGGCGAGGACGACCUGGACGACGGGGACCUAAGAGGGGGAAGCAGUCGGGCUCACUCCGAAAUAGCGGCCGAAGACGAGGAGGAAGAAGAGAUCGAGGAGGAGGACGGGGGUGAUGAAGGCGAAGGAGACAGGCCGAAGAAGCGGGGCCCGAAAAAGCGAAAGAUGACACAAGCCCGUUUGGAGCGUUCAAAGGUGCGCCGUCAGAAAGCCAACGCCCGAGAGAGAACGCGCAUGCAUGACCUCAACUCAGCGCUUGAUAAUCUGCGCAAAGUGGUGCCCUGUUAUUCCAAAACUCAAAAGCUGUCCAAAAUAGAGACAUUGCGGCUUGCCAAGAACUAUAUCUGGGCUCUGUCUGAAAUACUUCGCAAUGGGAAAAGACCAGACGUAGUAUCCUACGUACAGACUCUGUGCAAAGGCCUUUCUCAGCCCACUACCAACCUCGUUGCCGGCUGUCUGCAGCUCAACUCUCGGAACUUCUUGACCGAACAGUGCCAAGAAGGCAACCGAUUCAAUGGACCUAACCCACCGUUCUCCAUGCACCCUUAUUCGUACCAAUGCUCCCGUCUCUCCAGUCCCCAGUGUCAGUCCAGUUCCAACUCACACUCCUUAAGGAAUCAUGCAUACUGCCCAGCCUACGACUCAGUCUAUACUGGAGGCGCUUCGCCAGAGUACAACAGCCCCGAAUAUGAGGGGCCUCUAAGCCCUCCUGUGUGUAUUAACGGUAAUUUUUCCUUGAAGCAACAGGAGUCUGUCUCGCCAGUCGCCGAAAAGAGCUAUCACUACUCUAUGCACUAUCCCCCCCUAUCGAGCUCUCGCUCCGCCGGUGCUCACAAUCUCGUGUUCGGUUCCUCGGGAGUGCGUGGGGGUGUCCACUCUGAAAACGUGCUGCCUUACCACGACAUGCACUUACACCACGAAAGGGCACCUAUGUACGAGGAACUGAACGCCUUUUUCCACAACUGAGUAGCGGAAAUCGUGCUCCAUUUCGUCCUUUCACAAAAACAACCAGCCCAUCAAUGAAUGAAAAUGAAUAUAAAAUAUGAUGCUGUUGUCACUAAACCACCCUUACACGCUCCGCACUGGACAUUGGAAACGAACGAGGGUCGGAGGUGUGUAAAGAGGGAACGCGAGAGACAGAGAGCGCUCACGCCAUCACAGUUUUUCCUUUAUUUUGUUUUCAAUGGAACCGAUCCCGAGUUGUCAUGCUGACAAAGACAGCGAUGUGUCAAAACUAUAUUGGGGAAUUCAAUGUUGCCCUGUAUGUACAGGUUUAGAGUAAUGGUAAUAAAUGAGAAAUGAUUCUAAAUACAUACUAACACUGUUACCAUGACACUUCAACACAGCAGAACACAUACUGCAUUGAUUCCAUGUUAUAGAUUUGCAUUUUCUCUUGAUUGGAAAUCCAUAUAAAUUUAAAAGGAGCUGACGCAGAUUGUUGAUGUCAGUGGGGUGGGGGGUGGGAAAUACAGCGUCACCGGGAAUUGUGAAAUCGCCUUGACAACAAUUAAAGCAAUAAAGGAAAAACAAAUUAUAGACAAAUCUAUGCAAGACCGUAUGUAACGAUGAAACACUCCACGUAUGUAACGAUGAAACAGCCACAUACGGACCAAGGAUUUGGUGUCUGUCCAACCCUUCUACGCCACCCCCCAAACCCCCGACACCCACAAACACACACACACACACACACACACACACACACACACACACACACACACACACACUCUGUUUUUCUAGCAAAGCUGAAAUUGCACAAAUCCAUUUUAAAAAUCCAUUAUCACGACUUCUCUCCGUAUACGGCUUUAAAAAGGUUCUUUCUCAGAUGUGAAUUUCGAAAGAGAAA